CUCCCCAAAAUCUUCUGAUUAAAAGCGCUGGAUGUUUAGAAAUGCCGCGCGCAUAAAGGCGACAGCCGAGCAGAGCCGCUUCAGUAUACAGGUACAGGCAAGGCAUGGACCACAGACCGGCGGAUUUCAGACUUUGUGGACGCGCAAAGGCAACGUUUUAGUGCACCCGCGUCCUGGAAUAUUCUCGCGUUCACAUCUCAGCCGCCUUUCUCAUUUCGCGCUUUAUAAAUUAAAGGGUUUUCUCGCGCACAAACAUGUUUUUGUUGCUAAGGUCAGUUCUUCUCGUUAACGUGUUCUACGCUCAAUGGGAAAUUGUGAAUGCGAUGCAGAGCCAGUUGUGCGUGCCCGUCAGACUGGAUCGCGUCGAGAACAAUUUAGUCAGCGCCGAAGACAGCACGUUGCCGCAAACAGUUGCAUUCAAAAUAAGUGCGUUCGAGCAAGAUUUUGUGCUCGAAUUGCAGUCUGACUCCAGCUUCAUUGCACCGGCUUUCUCGACGCACGCCGACGCAACCGCUCAAAAUUCCGCGCACGGCGAAGAUCUGAGCCGGUGUUUUUAUUCCGGCGAGGUGAAUGCCGAUUCCUAUUCCUAUGCGGCGCUCAGCUUGUGCAAGGGGCUGCAGGGCGCAUUCGGUUACGAUGGCUGGGAAUAUUUCAUCAAGCCGGCUUUAAACGACACCGACCGGGAAGGUGUGCACGCGCAUCUCAUCAGCCGCAGAUCUAACGCCAAACUAAGCGGAAACUCCACGUCAAGAUGCGGCGUGGACAGCGGUGCGACCCAAAACGUCGCGCAGUCUUUGGCGAAGUUUAAGCACCUAAAGGACCAACACAAGACUAACGUCACCAUGUCAGUACUGAAAAACCGCUCGAAGAGAUUUGUCUCCAUUCCGCGUUACGUAGAGACGUUAGUGGUGGCCGAUGAAUCAAUGGCCAAAUUUCACGGCGACGACCUCAAGCAUUACGUGCUGACCUUAAUGUCAGUGGCAGCUAAACUUUACAAGCACCCCACCAUUCUUAACUCUAUCAACAUCGUGGUUGUCAAGUUUAUGGUGAUUAACGAGGAAGAGAAGGGACCGAAAGUUUCCGGGAACGCGGCGAUGACCCUGCGUAAUUUCUGCACCUGGCAGAAGAAGCUGAACAAAAACAGCGACAAGCACGCGGAGUAUUGGGACACGGCCAUCCUAUUCACUAAACAGGAUCUGUGUGGAGCCUCAACAUGUGACACACUGGGUAUGGCAGAUGUUGGCACCAUGUGUGAUCCCAAAAGAAGUUGUUCUGUGAUUGAAGAUGAUGGGUUGCCAUCUGCCUUCACUACUGCCCAUGAGCUCGGGCAUGUCUUCAAUAUGCCACAUGAUAAUGUUAAGGCAUGUGAGGAAGUGUUUGGCAAGCUGCAGGACAAUCACAUGAUGUCUCCCACUCUGAUUCGGAUCAACCGCACCAGCCCGUGGUCACCAUGCAGUGCUGCCAUUAUCACUGACUACCUGGACAGUGGACACGGUGAUUGUCUUCUGGAUCAACCUCAGAAACCUUUAGCUCUUCCAGAUGUGCUCCCAGGUGCAUCGUACGGUUUAGAGCGGCAGUGUGAGCUUGCCUUUGGUGCCGGCUCAAAGCCGUGCCCGUUCAUGCAGGCACCAUGUCAGCGUUUGUGGUGCACAGGAAAGACCCGCGGGCAACUGGUGUGCCAGACAAGACACUUUCCAUGGGCAGAUGGAACCAGCUGCGGGGACGGACAACUCUGUAUGAGGGGCACAUGCAUGGACAAACAGGAGAUCACCAAAACUAAGGUGGAUGGCAGAUGGGGUAAAUGGGGACCGUUCGGUACCUGCUCCAGAACUUGUGGAGGUGGAGUGCAGCUGUCAAAGAGAGAGUGUGACAACCCUGUGCCAGUCAAUGGCGGCAAAUACUGCCAGGGAGUGAGGGUCAAAUACCGGUCCUGCAACCUCUCCCCAUGCCCUGACACAGGCAAGAGCUAUCGUGAGGAGCAGUGUGAAGCCUUCAACGGGUUUAGCCUGAACACUAACCGGCUCACCCCCUCCGUGGUGUGGGUGCCCAAAUAUUCUGGUGUCUCGGCUAAAGAUACAUGCAAGUUGAUCUGCAGGGCAAAUGGAACAGGCUACUUCCACGUUCUUGCACCUAAGGUUGUUGAUGGUACACCAUGUUCUCCUGACUCCUCAUCAGUCUGUGUCCAAGGCAAAUGCACCAAAGCAGGCUGUGAUGGAAAACUGGGAUCCAACAAGAAGUUUGACAAGUGUGGUAUCUGUGGAGGAGAUAAUAAAAACUGCAAGAAGGUCUCAGGCCUUUUCACCAAACCCAUGCAUGGUUAUAAUUUUGUGGUCAUGCUUCCUGUGGGAGCUUCUAAUGUCGACAUCAGACAGCGUGGCUACAAGGGCAUCGUGAGUGAUGACAACUAUCUUGCCAUCAAGAACAGCCAGGGCAAGUACCUGCUGAAUGGAAACUAUGUAGUUUCAGCCAUGGAGAGGGAUAUUCUUGUGAAAGGGAGUCUGCUUCGCUACAGUGGAACAGUUGGCUCCUCAGAAACUGUUCAAGCUGUGAAGCCUCUGGGAGAAGCCCUGGUCAUUGAAGUGCUAUCUGUUGGCCAGAUGACACCUCCACGUAUCCGCUAUUCUUUCUACUUGCCACGGGAGAGCAAAGAUGCCAAGGUGCAAAAGAAAGAAGAAAAGGCACGUGCUGAAAACAGUGUUCUUAGGGAAGAGGGCAGAAUCAGUAAAGGUGGAAAAGAGGCAGAUCUUCUUAAAGACACAAUCUCACCAUCGUAUGCCAAAGAUAUUGCACCAAAACCAGGAAAGUGGGUAGUGGCCGGGUGGGACGUGUGCUCGGUUACAUGCGGGAAUGGGCUCCAGAGGAGGAUGGUGCAGUGUCUUGGGGGAGAUGGUGGACCUGGAAUGGAUUGUGAACCUGCUCUAAAGCCCAGUGCUAUUCAAGUGUGUGGAGACCCUUGCCCCAUGUGGGAGGUGGGCGACUGGUCCCCUUGCUCCAAGACCUGUGGGAAGGGCUUCAAAAGGCGCCAGAUUCGCUGCGUUACCAUUGUGGGAAAGCUGCUUCCCAGGGAGAAGUGUGCAGACAAAAAGAAGCCACAGGAGCUGGACUUCUGUUCACUAGCCCCCUGUAAAUAAUCCGUCCCUCCAUUUAAUAUUUCUCUAAAUGGACCUUCUAUUUUGUCAAAUUGCAUAUUCAGCAGAGAAAAGUACAAAGAAAAAAGACUAUAUGUUAUGGUUCAAAGUUUAUAUUUUUUCAUCUGUCUGACAAUGGGGAAAAAAUGGACAGCUGUGGAAAAAGAAAAUGACUGAUAAAAGACAGACAACUGAGGUUGUGAGAUAAACAGGCUUGAAGACCAAUGCAAAUAGUACUCUACCUCUAAUUCUAAGCAAAUCCAUCGCCUGCAAACCAUCCAGAUGAGACCAAAUUCAAAAUCAUGUCUGAUGUCAUUAAAAUUUGUAGGUAAUGGUUACAUGUACAUUUUUUGUAUGUUUGACUAGAUAUUUUAUAGAUGUAUUGACAGCACCUAAAACAUAAAAGUAUUGAAGUGUUCUGCAUUUAAAACAAAAAUCUUCUUUAAUUCUUUACAUUUGUAAAGCAAUUAUAAUCUAAUCCAACCUCUACUCUAAAGCUAACUACUUCUCAUCAAUACAAAAUAUAACAGGCAAUCUUUUACUAAAUUAUACCAUUUUGUAUACUUGUUGUUCAUUUUAAUAUUCAAUUAAGUGAAAAAGCAUGACAAAGAACAUAUUUGUUUAAUUAUUUAAAUGCAGUUAAUCAAUGUAUUCAAUAUCCUACAAAUCUAAAAGGAUUUUUAAAUGCCUAUAAAUCAUUCAUAUGUAAAGUGUUUCCAUUUUAGAUGCUGUUAAUAUGUCAAUAAUGUACAUGUCUAUGCAAGCAUAUGAAAGUGUAUGUGAUGAAACCGCACUCUACAAAUGAGAAGACUCUGGACAUUGCUAUCCAACUCCAAAACAACAUCGUCAUUAUUAUGCCUAAACUGCACAAAUCCAAUUUUUAUUUUUUCCUGCAGACAUCAGUGUAAACAUCUUUAUUUGUGUGAGCAACUGAUGUUUGAAAUUGCCAUUAAUGAAUAUGUGCGGUGGAGGCCAAACUAAAUACUGAUACAGUCCAUCUGGUUUAACAGAAACAUUCCACAGGGUAUAUAAUAAACUAGCUCACAAAUGCCCUUGUACUGCAUGAAACUGGCUGCAAACUACCCUUUUUUAUACCCUCUUCUCUUCAAAACUCUGUGGAGCUGUGGAGAAAAUAAACUGGGGGAGUGACUCAUUAUUAAUCAAAAAUUAAGACCCAAGAAUGAGACCGGAGUAUUUGUAAUGGAGGUUAAAAUUUGAUUUGAUUUACUGGUUUACUAGUUUUUCCAUUUCCUUCGCAUUGCUUAAGGCCUGAGAGGAAGCACAGGCUACAUUUCUAUCAGCACAUUUUCUGUAGCAACAAACAGGCCUAAAUAUUAGCAUUUUUUCACAAAUAGAGCGAGGAAGCCGGUUCCCAGUGCUUUACGUCAUGCAAAUAAAUGAAGUCAUCUGUGUAGUAAUGUAACUGGAAGUCUUCUAACCACUUACCACAUGGCCUUUCGUGCAAUGCAGCGAUCCACCUUUACCACGGCAAUAUGACAUGCAGUAACUCAGAGGGGCCAUUCUGACAAAGUGCAGAUCAUGGAAAUGUUUAAGUCUUUGCCGAUGUAUUAGCCCACUGAAACAAAAACAGCAAGGAGAAAGCCUUAUGUACACAAGGCCUGUGUUUUAUCAGUACGUGUGUGUUAGCAUGUUAGCCGUCUGUCCCUAAACUCUUUUUGCAUGUCCAUUCAUCUCCUUAAAGUCACUGUUAUUUAGCUCAGCAGACCUAUUUUUUUUCUUGUCUGGCCAGCAUAUUUCCUGCUUUCAGCCAUGUUCUGUACUGCCAAACACAUUCCCUCCUCAAUCCAGUGUUCAACCAGAACCCUUUUUUAAUUUGUUGUAAUGCUGUUUAUCUCCUCUCCUCUACCUACCACUGAGCCAGAGGCGCAGCUGCUAUAAUCAUGCCCUGUCUGGUACAGUUGCCAUUUUAAUUUAUUAUUUUCAAUGAAUUUUAAGAACUGGUGGCUGGUGGCAAACGGUUGUACAGUGUCGUGCCCUGUGCUUUGGUGGCAAGUCAUUCUUUGUACACAGUAAGUGAAAAUCCCUGUAAUACGCUAAACAUGUUACGUUGAUGAUCAAGGUUCUUCAGAGUAACCAUAUCGUCCAUCUAAAAGAUGGUUUCUGUAUUACUUUAAUGCAUAUUUUUCUUUUGCGCUUUUGUACAGCAAAAGAUUUCAAUGUCCUGCAUGGGCUUGUAUACCAUGUAUACAUCCAUCUGGCUGUGCAUAAACAAGUCAUGUAAAUAAAUACCUAUUAUGUCUUGUUAUACAUAUUUUUUUCUUGUCAUGCUUUAAGGUAUUUAUUCCAAAUAAAUC